UGCAGUUGGACUAGUUAGCAGCUUAUUAGCUACCAGCUGGUCUUCUGCUACUUUUUGUGAAAACAACGAGCCAUGUCUGAGGUGGAUGAAGAUGCAAUCUUGUCGGAUAUAGAGGGAGAGGAAGAAACACAGCAAGAAGGAGCUGAAGAGGACGAGAAGGUAGAGAUUUGCCAUUUGACCCAAGAAACCAUAAGUGAGAAGCUCUCAUUGCUGUGCCGAACAGGAGAUGGACUUGGCCAUGCAUUUGUCAGACUGGACCUCAAAGACAAAGGACUGAGUGACAUCGAUGUAAUCAGCAGUUUUAUUCACCUACGUUUUCUGGAUCUCUCCGACAACCACCUCACUGAUCUUUAUCCUCUGGAAUCUCUGACCCAGCUGCUCUGGCUGAAGGUUGACAAUAAUGCUGUGGCGUCCCUCAAAGAUCAACCUUUCAAUCAGUUCACCUACCUGCAGUGGCUGAGUAUGGCAGGAAACCGGCUGACAGACCUGGACGGCCUGGUUGGGCCUGCCCUGGAGAGCCUCAAUCUUUCAGGUAACAGUAUUCAGAGAGUGACUGGUCUUCAGAGUGGCUGUUUUGACAACUUGGUAACUCUGGAGCUGAGGGGAAACAUGUUGGAAACCACUGAUGGCAUCGACCUUCCCAACCUGCAGAAAUUAUAUCUGGCCCAAAAUGUUAUCACGCAUCUGGAGGGUUUAGAGAAGUUAGAGCGCCUCACCACCCUUCACCUUCGAGACAACCAGCUAGAUACUCUGGUUGGUUUCAGCGCCAACAUGAAGUGUCUCCAAUACCUCAAUGUCAGAGGCAACCUAAUCUUAGAUGAGAAUGCCCUGCAAAGCAUCACACUUGUGUCAAAAACUCUGCGAGCUUUGGUCCUUUCUGACAAUCCUCUGGUGGAGGCGACAGACUACCGGCUGAAUGUACUAGUUGUACUGCCACAGCUGGAGCGACUUGACAAAGAGCCCGUCUCCCCAGAGGAGAGGACUGAGGCCUUGGAGAGAAUCAAGGAGCUUAAAGAAGAGGAAAUAUCUGAGGAAGAUUUGCAAUGAUGGCCAAAAUGAGGAAGUAUUUGACUUCCUUGAAAAACGCAGGCUUGGUGUGUGUAGGUGUGGGUGACUGUGAUUGUGCAGUCUGAAAGUAUUGUAGGCUUUAUCUCAAUAGAGUAUCUUUCCAUCUGUAUAUUUGGACAUCAGGGCUGCUUGUGUCAUGUUCUUGCACUAUUACAGCCUAUUUUUUGAGCAAUAAACAUUUUUAAAUGUU